UGUAGAGAAAACAAUGAAGUAGCUGAUAGAUAUGGAAAACUCUACAUCACCGCUCCAUGGUUUAUAACUCAGAAGAAUUUCCCACCUGGGCGUUGAUGUCAGGUCGUUUUCAGGUCACGGCUGCUCUGAGGACUUUGCUCCGACUCAUUACUGGAAGUGUGACGCACUGGUUUUUACAAACGUUGAUAAGACUCUUACAAGAAGUUUGACAGAGCAGGAAAAGUCUCACAUUUGACUGGAUAUAAAAACAGACAGGGUCAUUUCCACCAGCUCGAGCUGCUGGAGACAGAAACUCAGAUUCACAUGGGAAACAGCAAACCUCAGAUCUUCCUGAAGUUCCUGUCGAGAUGAAGAUGGAAUAAAGAUGGAGAUUUGAGAUGAUCACCCCUGAACCCACCUGGUAACACAGCACCACUCACACAUCACAGACAGAAUCUGUUUGAAGGCAACACGUCACAAUGACAGUGAAUAUCAACCAAUCAUCAUUAAGCUCCUGCUCAAAACAGUAAUGUUCCUGUGACUCUGCAGAGAAAUCACAUGGAGGAACCACAAAUCAAAAAUCCCCACAAGGACAUGUUGAAUUCCAAAUUGAACAAAAGCAUUAUUGGAGAUAAACGCUGGUUUUGCUAAGACUCUGUCUGGAACCCAUUAGAAAAGUGGAAAACGAUUGUCCGAGCCAAUCAGGAAGCAGCGAUGGUGACGAGUGAGGAACUGCUCUUGGAAACCCUGGAGAUGCUGGUAAAUGAAGAUUUUGAGGCCUUCAGGUGGUACCUGCUGCUGCCGGGGAUCUACAGCGGCUUCACCCCGAUCCCGCGGUACAAGCUGAUGGUGGCGGACCGGAUGGAAACAGUGACGCUGAUGGUGCAGACAUACUCCCAUCACGCCGUGGAGCUGGCCGAGACGGUUUUAGGGAAGAUGAGCAUGUAUGACCUGGCCCAGAAGCUGUCAGACAGGAGCUCAGAACUAAAAGACACAGGAGCUUCCUCGAUCCCACCACCGGCUCCUCCUUUUCCUCGCCGUCCAGCCAGCAGCAGCAGACCUGAAGACGUGGAGAUGCACGAGCUUCAGCCUCUGGAAAAACAGAUCAAACGGUUUCAACGCAUGAUGCAGACGCAUUUCCAGAGCAGGUUCAUGUGUGUUCAAGAGGGUAUGGCCGAGAAGACAGAAGAGCAGUGCCUGGAGGACAUCUUCAUAGAGCUGUACAUCACAGAAGGGGGGGAAAUGCACAUCAAUGAUCAGCAUGAGAUCAUGCUGAUCAGGAACUCCAGGACGGCAGAAAUGAAACCCAUCGACCCCAGUGACAUAUUCAAGAGUCCCAUAGGUAAACCUUUAAGAACAGUGCUGACGACUGGAGUUGCAGGAAUUGGCAAAACAUUCCUCGUGAAAAAGUUUGUGUUGGACUGGGCCGAGAGAAGGAAAAAUCAAGAUGUGCAUCUGAUAUUCCCCUUUAGCUUUAGUGAACUGAAUCAACUGAAGGGGGAAAGGUUCAGCCUGGCAGAGCUGAUUCAUCGAAGUAUCUGGGAAACCAGAGACAUCACCGACGAAGAUCUAAACCUUAUCUUUGCUAAACUACAGGCGUCAGGAAACUGUGACUUUAACAACAGUCAAUAUAAACUUCUGUUUGUGUUGGACGGAUUGGAUGAAAGCCGCCUUCAGAUGGAUUUGACGCGACAUGAACCUCAGCCGGUUGAUUUUGAUGUGACACAGUCGACCUCAGUGGAGGUUCUGCUGACUGCCCUGAUCAGUGGGAACCUGCUUCCCUCUGCCCGGGUCUGGAUAACCACACGACCUGCAGCCGCCAGUCAGAUCCAUCGGGAUUUCAUCAAAAGAAUGACCGUGGUGAGAGGAUUCACUGACCCACAGAAGGAAGAAUACUUCAAGAAGAAAUUCCCUGAACAAGGCAGCAGAAUCAUCGCCCACAUCAAGGCGUCACGAAGCCUGUUCAUCAUGUGUCACAUCCCAGUUUUCUGCUGGAUCACUUCCACAGUUUUGCAGGAUGUUUUGAAAAGCAAAUCCAACUUAGAUCUGCCCACAACGUUGACGGAGAUGUACACAGUAUUCCUGCUGUAUCAAAUCACACUGACAGGAGAGAGGUGUGGCUUAGAAAAGAGCAUCAGGUACAUCAAGUCCUUAUCGAAACUAGCAUUCGACCGUUUGGAGAAGGGCAACCUCUUCUACGAGUCAGAUCUGAAAGACAGUGGCAUUAAUUUACGCAAAGUGUCACGGAACGCUGGAGUGUUCACAGAAGUCUUUAAUGAGGUGCGCAAGUGGAAGGACAACGGUAAGGAGAAGAUGUACCGCUUUGUCCAUCUGACCCUUCAGGAGUAUCUGGCUGCCCUGCAUGUUGUGAUGUCACUCAUUAACGACAACAAGAACGUACUGUCGGAGCAGAAGCUGAAACUGGGAGAUCUGUGUACGCUAUGCAGGAGAAAACCCAUAACUGAGGUCCACGAGAUUGCAAUUCAGAAAGCGCUGAGUUCAAAUGGGCAGCUGGACUUGUUCCUACGCUUCCUCCUGGGUCUUUCCCUGCAGACCAAUCAGGAUCUGCUAAAGCGUCUGUUGAAUACGUCCAAAGGGUUCCCUCAGACCGACCAUCAAUCCACGAUCCAGUCCAUCAAGGAGAGGAUAAGGGACAAUACAUCCCCAGAGAGGAGCAUCAAUCUAUUCCACUGUCUUAAUGAGCUGAGAGACGAUGCCUUGGUGAAGGAGAUCCAACAGAACCUGAGUUCAGAAAGUGUGGCUGCAAGCAAUCUUUCUCCUGCUCACUGGUCGGCACUGGUCUUCAUCCUCCUGUCAUCGGAAGACAGGCUGGAGGUGUUUGAAUUGAAGAAAUACUGUCCUUCAGAGGAGGGUCUCCUCCGGCUGAUACCAGUGGUCAAGGCCUCCAACAAAUCACUGCUGAGUAGCUGCAAUCUAUCUGAAAACAUCUGUGAAGCUCUGGGUUCGGUUCUCAGCUCUGACUCGUCUAAGCUGAGGGAGCUGGACCUAAGUGACAACGACCUGCAGGAUUCAGGAGUGAAGCUGCUUUGUGUUGGACUGGAGAGUCCAAACUGUGUCCUGCAGAGUCUCAGGCUGUCAGGCUGUUUGGUCUCUGAGAAAGGCUGCGCCUCCCUGGCCUCGGCCCUGAGGACCAGCCACUCCAGCCUGAAAGAGUUGGACCUGAGCUUCAAUCAUCCCGGAGACUCGGGGGUGGAGGUGCUGACCACUCUACUGAAGGAUCCAAACUAUCCACUGGAAACUCUCACCCUCGAGUUUUGUGGUGAGCAGAGACUGACGCCUGGUUUAAAGAAAUACGUCUGUGAACUCGUCUUGGAUGAAAACACCGCGCAGGAAAAUCUCGAGCUCUCCGACAACUUCAGGACGGCAACCGCCGUAAAAGAGAAGCAGCCGUACCGUCCCCACCCGGAGAGAUUCGACUGCUGGCUGCAGGUGCUGGGCAGCACUGGACUGACUGGUCGCUGUUACUGGGAGGUCAAGUGGAAAGGCCCGGUUUACAUUGCAGUGACGUACAAAGGAAUCAUACGGAAAGGAGAGGGGGCCGACAGCUGUCUUGGUUUGAACCACCACUCCUGGACGCUGCUGUGUCAGAGUAACGGUGGUUACUCUGUCCAGCACGAAAACAAGACUACUAACCUUCGGAACCGGUUCUCUCCGGCCUCGGACAGAGUGGCGGUCUUCCUGGACUUUCCGGGCGGCAUUCUGUCCUUCUACAAAGUGACCUCUGAGGCACUGAUCCAUCUCCACACGUUCAAAUCCACGUUCAUGGAGCCUCUGUACCCCGCAUUCGGGUUUGGGUUCAGGCAUCGCUUUACGGACUUUGGGUCGUCGGUAUCUUUGUGUGAAAUGGGAGACGUCAUCGACUUCUCUGACUGCUGAGUCAGCGCCGACAUGUCUGGUUUCACAGGGAGCGACUCACAUGCACCGACAUCAACUCAGUCUCGGACACUGAGAAGCUCUGAUCACAACUCACAAGGACAGAUUGUAGAAUAAAGAAAAGUCCAACACAGACAACACAGAUUCCUCAGUCCGUCCUGUUAAAUUCACUUAAGGUCAUGUGACCUGCAGUCGGUGACAUUAAGAACUUGAUUUUCAUAUCGUGAACAAGGAUUUAAAUGAACUGAAUAAAUCCAGUGAAUUGCCGGCAGCACCGAGUUCAGAGGGAUGAUCUUUUUCUGCUUUGUGCGACUGAAUUGUGCUGUAAUGAUUUAAAAAAGUAAUUUGCCCUCAGGUCCUUCUGUCUUGUAAAGAAGCCAAAUGAAUAAAUAAAGCUUAACUUGCUAAGUAA